AUGAGCAAGCCGAGUGCCGCGACAAUGUUUCAAUUCACGCUGUUGUCGCAACGCUCGUUCUUCCGCGAUUCUUGGGUCUUCUCCUCGUCACUCCGCCGCAAUGAGAUCAACAAAGUGUUCCCCAGCGCUGAAGCCGCAAUCGCGGACAUGCAAUCUGACAGCACCCUCUUGUGCGGUGGCUUCGGUCUCUCAGGUGUACCAGACACCUUGAUCAAUUCAGUCAAAUCCAACCCAUCCAUCACCGGCCUGACCGCCGUAUCCAACAACGCCGGUAUCGUUGGCGGUGGUCUCGGUCUCCUGCUCGAGAGCAAACAAGUCAAGAAGAUGAUCGCAUCCUACGUCGGCGAGAACAAAGUCCUCGAGCAAAUGUACCUCACUGGCGAACUCGAGCUCGAACUCACCCCGCAAGGCACCCUCGCCGAACGAUGUCGCGCCGGCGGCGCAGGCAUACCCGCCUUCUACACCCCCGCCGCGUUCGGCACCGUCGUGCAAACCGGCGAGCUCGCCCUUAGGCACAACAGCGACGGAUCUGUCGCGCAAUACUCGACACCGCGAGACGUGAAGGUCUUCGCUGGCAAGAGCUACGUCAUGGAAGAAAGCAUCAAGGGCGACUACGCCUUCAUCAAAGCCUACAAAGCCGACCGGCUAGGAAACGUACAAUUCCGCUUCAGCGCGCAGAACUUCAACGGCGCCAUGGCGCGCAAUGCGAAAGUCACAAUCGUCGAGGCCGAACACAUUGUCGACGUCGGGAGUAUCGAGCCCAACGCAGUCCACGUCCCGGGCAUCUACGUCGACCGCGUAAUCCAAUCCACCACCCCAAAGAACAUUGAGAAAAUCGUAAACGCAAAAGACCCCAACGAAGCCGUUAGCGAUCUAGGCAAGGGCGACGCGGCAUCCAAGCGCGAACGCAUCGUGCGGCGCGCAGCCAAGGAGUUCAAAAACGGCAUGUAUGCCAACCUUGGAAUCGGAAUGCCUAUGCUCGCACCUUCCUUUGUCCCAGCAUCCGUAGAAGUCCAAUUGCAAUCGGAAAACGGCAUCCUCGGUCUCGGCCCGUAUCCCGCUGCCGGCCUCGAAGACCCGGACCUCAUCAACGCAGGCAAAGAGACCGUCACUCUACUCCCCGGCGCGUCGUGCUUCGGGAGCGAAGAGUCGUUCGGCAUGAUCCGCGCGGGCAAGAUCGACCUGACAAUCCUCGGCGCGAUGCAAGUGUCCGCGCGGGGCGAUUUAGCGAACUGGAUGUUGCCGGGCAAAGUCAAGGGGUUCGGGGGCGCGAUGGAUUUGGUGAGUAACCCCGAGAAGACAAAGGUGGUGGUUACAAUGGAGCAUACGGAUAAAAAGGGGCGGCCGAAGAUUCUUAAACAGUGCGAGUUUCCGUUGACGGGCAAGGCGUGUUGCGUGUUUGAUGUCGAUUUCACUGAGGGGCUGACGCUGAUUGAACUUGCGGAUGGCGUUACGGUGGAUGAGGUACGGUCGAAGACGGGCGCUGAGUUCAAGGAGGCGGCGGAGAUUAAGCCCAUGUUGUGA